CGCGAGUGUAUGGAGUCACCCAGUCUUCUCGGAGAGCAAUGUAGCUCGGUUACCUAAUAAAAACAUGGCGGUGUUGAUAUGUUUUGGUUCACGGCCGGUUGAUGGUAGUUGAACUGAGAGGGACAAAAAUGUCAGCAACUUUAUGGAGAUAUCCACGACAAAAUGUGAAGAUCGGACUCUUUUUGCGACGAAAGGGUUCCUUUCCAUGGAGUAAAAAUGUCUUCCACGAUACGCUUAAAUUAUGUGAAGCAUGCAGCAGGAGAUGCCAAUUAGCCAAUCAUACAUUUAUAAGGUACAUCUACAGCCAAGGUUAUAAACAUGUAAGAGGUGUUUCAAGCAAUGCAAGUGGAUCCAGUGGAAACAAUGGUGAAACAUCAGAUGAUAUUUCUCAAGUUGUGCCUGUAAGAAAAAAGGUCACUAAAGGAGAACGUUCAAAAAGAAUCUUCAAAAUGUCACCAUCAGAUGUCAAUUAUAACAGACAAUAUUACCAAAACACCUUUAUCUCUACCACUCGUGCCAUGAGUGACUAUCUUCUUAAACCAAGUGAUUUAGAGGGAUUGAAGACAACAGCAGUGCGUAGUGCUUACAGUGACCCACAACAACCACCUGAUGUUUGCUACUUAAAAUCAGAUGUAGAGACAAAAGCUUAUGAAGUUUGGGGAAGCCCUGAAGCUCUUUCCAGAGAGAAAUGGAACAGGAAAAAGGCAUAUGAGGAAAGUGAACGUUACAGGAAAGGCCUUGGAGCACUAAUAGGACACUUAAAGAAGACAAUAAGAGAUCACACUAAGAAGAAGGAAGAAAACAAGCAUUUUGGUGAGAGAACACAAAGAAAUAUGAUGCUAAAAGGUUCUGCAAAAGUUGUAACUUAUGCAAUUUGCAGUAACUGUGCUGUGAUGCUGUUAAAGUUUGGUGCAUAUCUAUACACUGGAUCAGCAAGCAUGUUGUCUGAAUCUAUUCAUUCCUUGGCUGAUAUGUUAAACCAGUGCUUGUUAGCUGUUGGAAUAUUGCAAUCAAUUAAGAAGCCUUCUCCAGAUCAUCCGUAUGGCUGGUCAAGAGCUCGUUAUGUGUAUUCACUUAUCAGUGGUGUUGGAAUUUUUUUCCUUGGAGCUGGUGUUACAGUUUAUCAUGGUGUAGCAGGCCUGAUUAAUCCAGCUCCCCUUGAGAAUCUUGUUAUGGCCUAUACCAUACUAGCUGGAUCGUUCCUAGUGGAAGGAGCCACUCUGCUGCUGGCCAUUGGACAAGUAAGGAAGAGUGCACGGGAAAGUGGAAUAUCUUUUAAAGAAUAUGUGAUACGGGGCCGAGAUCCAAGUGCAGUAACAGUGAUGUUGGAGGAUGGUGCUGCUGUAGCUGGAGUGAUGCUGGCUACUGGGUGUCUUGGUCUUACAUCGUACACUGGAAGCCCUGUGUUUGAUGCCAUGGGAUCAGUUAUGAUCGGAGGUACUGAUUACAGUUAUCAAAAUAAAGCCCAAGCUUUAAUAAGUCUCAUGGACUUGUACACAAGUAACCAUACAAAAUCGCACCAGAAAAAAUCCACUAUCAGAAUUGCUGCUUCUUUUUUGUUAAACCAUAAUUUGCAUUUUUCCUUUAGAUCCCUACAUGAUGUAAAAGCCACCGAGAUGGGAGCAGAUGUAGUUCGGUUUAAGGCUGAGGUUAACUUUGAUGGACGAGAAAUAACUCGGUGUCAUCUCAACAGAGUUGACAUGGAACUGCUAUUAGAGGAAGUACAACAGCUGACAACAGUACCAGAACUGGAACUUUUUCUUCUAGAACAUGGGGAAGAAGUGAUUGAUAUGUUGGGUCAACAAGUGGACCGAAUUGAGAAAAAUAUCAAGAAAAGAAAUCCUGAAGUACGUCACGUGGACCUGGAGAUCCUGUGAUGUCACUCGUUACACGUGAUGCCACGUCGACGUGGACAGAACAGGAACUUCUAAGAUCGUCAGAGAGAAUCUCGCGUGCUAAGGUUGAAGAGAUGCUUUUAUCACAAAGCGAUAGCGUUCUUUAACGAUACACGCAACUGCGACCAGAGCUGUAUGCCCUGCUAAUUUAUAAUGUGGACUCAAUGUGAGCUCUGUUGAUUUUCUUACAGUUGUAUUCGGAAGAUAACUAAUCAGAUGUCAAUCAUGUAUGUGGGUUUUCGGCAGUUUCGAACCGAGCACAAAAGUGGUCGGCACCAAAGGCUUUUAUUAAACUAAGAGCUGUUUAAGCUGCUGUUUUAUAACCACGUGUAAAGAUCACGUGUAGUCUGCGGGUAAAAGUUAAAAACUACAAGUUGAAGAUAAUAAAAGACAAGGUCGCACACGAGCCAACUGGCGCAUCUUGCCGGAGCUGUGGCUUGAAUUGCUUGCUAAUCUCGGGUUAAGUGAACUCGCUGAAAAUUAAAACAAAAUGGCGAAGCUCUCGCACGUUUGUCUGCAUGGACACGUAAAAGCUCCUGCCUUGUUAUUUUUUUCCCAGUUAGUUUCAGCGCAGUAUUUAUUAUACACAGUGCUUCCUAUCUCCAGUCUGGUAUCCAAUUUACAUAAUCCAAAGGCGCAGAUUUUCACACUUUACUGAAAGAAAAUUGCGAAAAAAGAAUCUCCAUCUGUAUUGGGAUAGCUUUUCAUACGUGAUGUUGACUUAAAACUUCCUUUUAAGGUUACUGUAUACCUUCAAAGGUGUCUGAUGUCCAAGCGAUGUGGCGCGUCCGGUUUAAACUGUUUAAAUUAAAGCUUAUGGAGCUGGCUAUCAAACUAUACCAAGAAGUUUGAAAUAAAACGAAAUGGCGAAUUUUUUACGACCUCUAAUGCCCAAAACCCAGAAUGCCUACAGAAAGGCUUUUAAAUGAACUGAGUUUCCAUUCCAUAAAUACAUUGAUCUGUUCUACUUUUCAUUUUAUUGAUAUUGAUGUACAUUUCAGUUUUAGUUAUUUACAUUUUAGUUUUAUAGCUAAAAUAGUUUAUUUUUUCCCUUAUAUUGAAGAAGCAGAUUUGAACUGACUGCAACUGCGUUACUAUGCCAAUCUGGAAAGCGCGAAUAGUUAGAUUUGACAAUGACAUUGAUCAAACCACAAGGAUAAAUUAAAUACUAUUAAUAAUUGAUAACCAAUAUUAAAUAAUAUUAUUAUACUAUUUAUUAAUAAUCUUUGGAUAACAUUUUCAGUAACAGUUUCGAAUAACAAUACUGACCAAAGUUCAAAUGAGGCCUAAAUUUUGUCAAAUAAUUCUAGAGUUCACUCCUUUCUGAUUCGCGCUGUAAACAGGUCCCAUGUUGAUUCUACAAAUUGUCAGCUAAACAUGUUUCCUCAACACCA